AUGUCUUCCAGCGCUUCAAUCAACUCAGUUGAUUCUCUCGAGGAGCUCUAUGGCACCAACACAGCUACCGUCUCGGAUAUUAUUGAAACGCCUAUGGAAGAGGUCCGACGCUUCUUCAAGGGCAAAAGCCAUACCGAGAUAUUGCAGUAUGGCCUUGGUAUGGAGAUGUCUGGCGCACCGCCACUAGCGGCGCAUACCAUCGUUGUCACCAUGGACUGCGAAAAGCACGAGGUGGAGCCACGAGUGCUAACAGAAUAUGGGCUCAAUACGUUUUCGCGAAAAGAGAUGGCGCCACUUCUCAACAAUCCCGGUAUACACGGGGAAAAGAUCUUGCGGAACAUCUACUACUACCACAUUCGUGUCCGGGAGAACGCGCACCUUAUCAACUUCAGGUUUGUCCGAGGAAACCCCGAGAGAAAUCACUUCGGCUCAACGCGCUUUGCCACGAAGGAAGACGCCAGAGAGUUCCUCAUCGAAACACUCGCAUGGCCUAUUGAUGAUGACAAAGAGGAUGGUCCUAAAUGCCCAGUCAUAUUUCUCGGCCACUCAGUCAAGAACGAUCUGCAGAUGCUGCAACAAGACCUUGGUAUCGACCCCAAAUUCGACAGCAACGUCGUCGCCAUUAUCGAUACCCAGAAGAUCGCGAAAGCGCAGGGUAUUCGUGGAAAGGGCCAGCAAAUCGGACUUCCAAUUUUGAUUCAACACUUUGGCGUGGAGUUUCGCGAUGGUCAUACAGCUAGCAACGAUGCGGCAUACACUAUCAUCAGUGCCGUACAGAUGGUUUUGAAAAAUCUGCCGAGCGACCCGCAGCGCUCUCUACAGGACGUUGUGAAUGGUGUUGCGAAAGAUAGUAAAGGGACUGUUGUUGCAUUUGGGGUGCCUAAAUGGUGCACUGCGUGUAAAGUUGUCGGUCAUGUUCGGCCAGAAUGCAGGCAAAGACGGUGA